AUGCCUCCUUCGGGAGGGCAGCCACGUGUGGGGCGGCCACCUGGCCGUGCUGGGUUCAGGGAAGCUUUGAGAGGCUUGGAAGAUGAGGUUGAUGCUGAGCCGGCUCAGCCUUUGGACGAUGACGAGCGACAUCAAGCUGCGGUGGAGAGAGCAGCGCAGGCAAGGGCAGCCCGAGCUGGAUACACAGAAGCAGCGCCUUGUCAGGAUGAGUCUGACGGUUUCGCUUUGGCAAGUUUUGGAUUGCUAAAGCUCGGAACAGACUUGCAGCAGCAACUCGCGCAAGCUGCGUGGAAGCUCAGAGGGGCCAAGACAGCCACCGUGGCAAGGUUCAAAAGGAUGUUCAGUGAACUGCUGCUGCAUUUUCGGCCUACGGGCAGCCUGACCGCACAGGCUGCAAUGAUGCAGCAGGACAGACAAGCACUGCACGUCGUGAUGCAGCAGGCAGCAUGUUAUUUGGUAGUUUUCUCAGCUUUUUUGAUUGGGGCCUUGCUGGCUACCCUGUCAAAGCUGUGUGCUGGUGUGAAUCCCAAGACCCACAGGGUGGUGAUGCUCCUUGUCCGAAGGGCUUAUGAUGAAACUCCUUCGGAUAUCAGCGUCGCUUGGAUGACAUAUUCUGAAUUGGGUGCAUUUAACAAGAAGCGAAGCAAGCAGGAGGGGACUGCGAAAGUCCUCCAGACCCGAUGCGAUGUUUUGAUUCUGAUGAAUCAUGUCUCGAGCGCGACCUACUACAGCAUGAGGAUUCCCAUGCCUUGCUGGCUCAUGGCGCUGGAGAAAACAAAUGCUCAGACGACUGCCAAGGCCCAGAGGUCAAUUCUGGACAUGAUUCCUGGCCUCCAGUCCUUCGGCCAAAAGGCCAAAUAUAAUCUGCAACUCGUGACAACCGAUCGCUGUGCUUCCAACUUGAAAGCCGAGAGACUCCUCGACACUGGGGGAAUCAACGGCUGCACAACACAUCAUUUUUGUGUUGUGCAUAUGACCCACACCUGUCAAUCCAAGACCGUCCAGAUGCUGGACGGUCAAGUCACCGGGAUGGUUGCUACAGCUUUGACUUGUAUGGACGCGGGAAGCAUCCGAUCGCUUCGAUCAUCGAUGGAGAAGGUUCUGAAAGACAAGGUGCAUUUGUGCUUCGGGUCUCGGCCGGAGGAUCCGUUUGCAAACGAGUACAGAUCUGCUGUCUUGGAAACCUUCCUACCCUUGCAGGACGAUGAUGGAGAUGAGCAUGUUCUUGGCAGGAUGCAAGAGCAUUACUUGCAAAGAAAGCGAAGUCGAGCCAUCAUCAACUUCUUCCUGCACGGGGACCUGCAAGACCAAGAUGAGAUAUGGUUCUGGAGUGAAACAUGGGGACUGGAGCAAGAGCAUGUUGUGCAACUCAUGGCAAAAUGGCUCAUCCCAGUUUUGCUUCCAAAGCGGCCUCCAAUCUUUUCGCGCACCCGAUGGGACGGGUUCCAUGACUCUCUCCUGUGGUUCGGACUGGCACAGGCUUGCCAUGGCUUGCUUCGCCCUACGCUGCAAGACUUUCUGAAUGUCACUCCGACGGUGCUGCCGCGUGCGGCAGAGGAUGACCGUCAGGAGGUCGAUGCAGAUGAGGCAGACAUGGAGGCUGCCACCGGCAACAUCGACUGGAAGGAGCUCAAGGUGAAGAUGCGGCAGAAAGUGCAGGUGUGGCUUCAACAACCGUUGUUCCCACCUGUGCUUCUUAUGCUUCAGGCCUUGCGGCCAAUGUCUCGAUUUUACCACCGCCUGAUUUAUUCGGGCAGUGCGGAAUGGGAAGACAUUGAGAGGACGAAAGAGUCCCAAGGCUGCCGUCGAUCGUAUGCGGUGCUUGAGGCGGCGCGGGAAUCAGAUCUCAAUGCUUACCGGCGGAGUGUGAGUGACACCUUCCACGAGCAGAUCGUGCUUCUCCCGCGAUGGUGUCACUUCCGCCACUACCAGGUGCUUCUGUUUCGCAUGCUCAGCCGCAAUGUGUGCAGCACGGAGUUUCUGAUCGGCACAACCUACAGGUCAUACCCAAUCAAGCUCUUCAAGAGUUUAGACAAGGUGCACGAGGCGAAGGAUCCGGAGUGCAUGCACUGCCGUCUCACAAAGCUGAUCCUCUCGGAGGGUUGUGACCUGGACAGUCCUGAGUCGCAAGCUGUUCUGACGGCCAUCGCUUCAAUGUUUCAGUUGCACAUUGCUUCGAUAGAAGCCCGCCAUGCAUCAACACGGAGAAUCACAACCAUCAAAUCGGUGCAAACACACCGCCCGACACUGACGGCCGUGGGGGCCGAUUGGGUGUGCCGACAUUUGGAGGAUAUAUGUUCAGUCUUGUUUGGUGAGAUGUUUCAGUCCUCUGUGAAAGUUUUCAAUCUUUUUGAGAUGUUGAAGUCCUCUCUGAAAGUGCAAUUCUGCCGUGACAUGCCUGUGUCCGGAACAGCCCAAGCAGACACCGUGCCGCCCGAGCCGAAGCAGCCGGAGCGAAAGAAUCCUUGGAAUGCAUUCCUCAGCGAGAAGUGCCGCCGCAGAAUCUCUGACCUCGGCAGCACUUCGUACGCUGCUCUCGUUGAGGAGUACCGUAGCUUGACACCCGCAGAGCAUCAGAGGUACCAAGAGAUGGCAGACGUGGCUUUCUGUGCGAGAGCCCGAGGUCUGCCGGGUUAUGCUCAUCAUGGUGCUAUUCCUGCAGCAGCGGCAUCAUCUUCUGGCUCUGGCAAGGAAGUGGCCGUGGAAGCUCUUGUGGCUGUGCCUGCCGCUGGCCACCAGGAGUUGGCAGUCCCUGACCAGGCUUACAAGUUGAUGGCUGCAGACUUGUCAGACAAACUGCAGGUGGUUCAGCAGGAGUAUCACAGGCGAUCUGCGUCUGUGAAAGACUGGUGUGACAUUUUUCGCGACAGCCGGGUUCAGCAUCGGCAAGAUCAAGAGCAUCUUUUUCGAGAAUGUGGUGUGGUGGAGCAUGUGCCUGCGCUUAAUGGCCUCGUGUCGGCGGAAAUGCGCGUACCAGCGGACAAGAUCGGCGAAGAUCUGCUCUCAGUUGGUGAAAAGAGCACCUUGCGGGCCUCUCUUUUGGACAAGUGGCAGAGCAUGUGUGACUUGAUUUUGAACACAGAUGAGACACCAUUUCCAGAUGCUUCAGAUGCUCUUCCAACUCGUUGUGCACAGCUCGGCAUGUGUGUCUGUGCUUCACGUGGCUUGCAAGCUUACCUCUUUCAUUGCAGGCUGAUUUUCUGUUUGAAGGCAUUCUUCACACCCAAGAGAUCCCGCAAGAUUCGGGAUGCUGCUGGCAACAUGGUGAUCAAGGAGCUGUCGCAAGCCGAGCAGCAUCAGCAGACAAAACUGAAAUCCAACCGAAAGCUUCUGGAUGAUGGUUUCGUUGUUGUUUGCUUGCGGCCAUCCAGCCGAACUGCCGCAGCAGAAGAGGUUCUGCCUCACAAGUACAUGCACUCCUCCUGGAAAGCUUUGGCCCUGACUGCAAUGAAUGUCAGUGCGGAGGGUGAAGCAGAUUCUCCAACUUCCCUCUGGCUCCAUCUCGGCCACAUCAAUUAUACGACGUGGGCUCUCGGUGUGUUGCGUCUGGACGAAGCUGGUGCUGAUGAGGCUCGGCCUGAGUACACGAAGCUUCAAGUGCCCACACCUCAAGAAUGUUGCCAUUCCGUCAGAAUGUUUGAGCAAAGCGGCAUCAAUUUCAGUGGCCCGUGGCAGUUCACUGUCAGCAUGAUCUUGAGCAACAAUGAUGAGCUGGAAAGGGCCAGCAUGCGACCCGACACAGUGCUUGUGAAACAGCAUGCAGAAGUGCCCAACAUGGAAUUCUGGCAGGGCUGGCCGGCAGAACAGGACGAUGUGGCUGGAGAUCCAGUGGAAGAAGAUCUUCUGCAUGAUGAGGAAGUCCGCAGUGAGGCCUCCAGCACUCCAUGGUCUGAGUAUGUGGCCGAUGCUUUGGAGAGGGAGGAGCCUGGGUAUGAUGGAAGCUUGAAAGCGGAAGGCUCCGCUGCAGCCGCUGCAGCAGCGCCAGACAUUGCUGCAGGUUCUGUCGAUGAUGCUGAUAUGGGUCCUGCUCGUGCAGACACAGCCCACCCACGCAGGAAGCGAGAGCUGAGUUCAUGCGAGAACCACAUGCUGCGGAUGUUGCGAGUCACGAACGCACACGGAAUCACGAUGAUUUUCGUCGUCUUCCUGCGCAAGGACGUGUAUGGUGUCGCAGAUGCUGGUUUCCUUGCCAAGACUUACAAGGACCUCAUCACGAAGCAGCAGGAGGCGACCCCGAAGAAGCUCAGCGAUCUUUUGCCAGAGAGGGUGGAUAUGCGUUCACUGAUGGAGGGCAAAUUCAUCGAUGUCAGCCAGGGGGUGAAGCGUGGUGCCCACAGCAACAAAUCUGGGUUUGUUCGCACCUUCACAACAAGCACGGUUUUGUAUGAUUUCAGCCGUGAUGUUGUCUUGAGUGGCUACGAGAUGCUGCUACUUCAUGGUUUCCCACGAGACUUUGUGAUUCCGGCCGACAUCCCAGAGCCGGAGGUGCGCAAGGACAAGACGCCGAAGCGAGGUCCCCCGGGUGAUGAUGAUGCUGACGAGUUCGAUCGCAACAGUGAGCGAGGAAUGCCUGUGGAUGAUGGAUGUUACAACUGUGGCGGCACGUGGAGCGACACUAACCCGGGGAAGCCGUGGUCUGCUGGGAAGGAGAAGUGGUUCGACAAGGAGCCGAAGUGGCGGCCCAAGUUCCUCAAGUCGGCGAGGAUCCGGUCGGGGGAGAUCGACCCACCUCAGUGGGACGCCGCCAGCAAUGUCGUAGACUGGGAAACCAUGGAGAUGGAGAUUCACCAGGAAUUGGGCCUCCUGUCGGAGGCAGAGUUCGAGGCUCUGACAAAGUUCGCCGGAUCAGCUGUGAAGGCUGAGUUGCAGGAGGUGCCGAGCCCGCUCGGCCACGACAAGAACUUUUUCAUCAUCACCUUAGAUGGGCUUCCCUGCACCGUUACCAACGGAAUGAGGAAGCUUUGUUGCAAGUACAGGUUCGGCCUGACAAGGGAGGACAUGCUUUUGCAAGCAGCGAAACAGCUUGUAGAAGGGCAAGGGAAAGCGGUUUUCAGCUACCACAGCGAGGAGCAGCUGAAGCAGAGACCGAAGGGACUGCAGACCGAGCAGCAGUUCAAGGAGCUCAAGUCCUUGGAGGGGCUGAAGAGAAAGCCCAAAAGGCUGUGGCCAAGAGCGGUGCGCAGCCAGUCAAGGCCACUGGUGAUAGCAGUUCCGAGGCUGGUGACGACGAGGACGGUGACGGUCCCAAGGCAAAGAAGUUGA